AUGUUACUCGCCAUACACCAGUGCAUAAGGCUUCUUGAGCCCCAACUAUCGCCUUGCAGCAAUCUGGACUGGUUGAUUUAUGGGCAGCCUGUAAUUGCGCUAUUCUCCAGAUCGGGCAACUCGACUUACACUGCUUUCGACCGUGAACACCUAGGCCAACCAUCGCGCCACACUCGGGGCCAGAGCCUUAAGCUCUGGGUCGCUUGCGAUGAUGCAAACAGGCUCCUGGUUAUCUUGACUCAGGAGAUCCAAGUGAGCAGUGGCAAGAAGCCUCGUAUCUUCUAUCUUUGUAUUUCCGUCGAGUCGCUGGCUGUCGACACCGCUUGCCCUACUUAUUGGGCCAUUUCCGAUGGCGUUGUACCGUUGAAACCUUUGGAUCAAUCGAACGACGCCGAUACCAGGCCUGAACAAACAUCUCGGCUUCUGCGUAUCUCCUUCUCUCCCGCCGCCAAAUCGUAUGUUAUCAUGCCUGACUUUCCACAUACUGGUCGGGUUUCAGAGGCUUCUAUGUCUCUGCUACGCAAGCUCAAAGCUUUGUCCCAAGCACCUUACUUCGACCUGUUCACUACCCAUGACUCCUGGAUCUAUCAGAGCCUUCUCAGACUACAGGUUAUUCUGAGCGGUCGCACUGUGACUGGCUUCAACAUAAGUUGCAACAAUUUCUAUCCGGGAGGACGUCGUGCUAUCAUCGACGCAUGGGAGUCUCAGGGUUGGCGGCCUUUGGUGGAAGGGAUCGGGGACGAGAGUGAGAUAGAGCCUGAGUGUCGUAAGGGGUUGAAGCGAAAGCACGAUGCCAUUUCAACCAUUGACAUCCCAGCGAUUGGAUCUCCGGCACCACCGCCCUAUGACCUACCUGUAUCAGACCUUCCAUCUGCGGCUACUCCAGGAGCUAUCUCGGAGGCUGGGCUGGGGGCUGCGUCGACGGCGUCCUUCGAUAUGGCCGCGGUCUUGGUAAAGGAAUGUGCUGAAUCGGGUCGGGCAUCUGUCUUGUCUGAAGUCUAUCCACGCGGGCGCUCGAUAUCAUUGCCUCCUGAAACCACAUUCAAGCCAUUGUCACCCAAUUUUGACUUUACUCCUAUUGCACGUAGUAUCGUGCCUGCUGUGACCCCGGAGCCGACUACCCCAGUGUGUAUAGCUGCAGUGUCUUCGCCGUGCCGCUCAGUAGCCUUGUCUAUUCAAAUGGAUGAUUACAGUCCAGCUGCUCCAGCAUCUGCCGCCACGCCUCCACAAGCACCUCCUCACUACGUAUGCAAAUCACCACUCAUGCAUGUACCAGAGACACCACCUUUUGAUACUCUGCCAACAUGCAAAGCGAUAGCCGCGAGUACCAAUACUCGAAGCGUGUUGGUCAACUGGCUGGCGACACUGCUGAGGCGCUACCCCUAUUUUCACCAUACAUGUAUUGCCGAGCUACUUGCUCUCGCUUUAGCGGUCAGAAGGGGUGAUGCAGAAGACACCAUCAGACGCCUAAGGGCAAGGUGCUUGGCCUCUCUCCUCGACCAAGUCACUGAUUACAAUAAUCUUGAAGUCGAGCACAAAUCCACCAACAAAAUUGGAAGCAGCGAGCUGGAAGAGCUGGUCUCCUGGCUGUUGCUUCUGAAUCCUGACGGGGAUCUUGUUUUUCUCGAGCAGCUAUCCGAGGCAUCGAGAGUCUUGAAGAACGUCAGAGAUUCGGAGCAUAUUCGCGGUCUUGCUGCUACUCCGCGCUCUUCUGAUGGUGCUUUGUUUGACCGUUCCACUCCCAAGGACGAAUAUGCUUCUGUUAAUGAGUUUAUGAUCUGCAAAGCGAGCAUCAUUUUGAAUGCUUGUAUGGCGUUUGGAGAUGACAUCUCGGGGCAAACUAAGCACGAUAUCAAGGAUCGUAUGUUGGAGGAGAUGGAACGUCUAAUUCGAUGA